GUGUGUUCUGAAGCAGAAGGAAUAGUAGGUGCAAAGUCCCUGAGGCACGACUGUGCUUGGCAUGUUUGAGGACUAGUAAGGAAGCCAGUGUGGCUGGACAGGGGAAAGUGAGUGAGGGCAGGGCAGUAGAGAAUGAGAUCAGGGGAGGCUGGCAGAGCAAAGGAGGGAGGUGGAUGAUGUAGGUCCUUGUAAGUCAUAGUUUGAACAUAUAAUUCAGUUGGAGAGACAGACUGAUAAUUUGUUUAUAAAGAGUUCUCAGUGCUAUGCUAACAACCUGGGCUGUAUUCUGUGCUAAGUGAAGAUGUUCAAGCAACAGAGCAAUCCAGCCAAGUUUAUAUUUUAGAAAGAUAACAGCGUCAUUAUCCAAGACACAUUGUAGACUAUGUAUAUAGUAUGUGUAUAGUGUGCUGCUCUUCUAUAAACUACAGGAUACCUGUUACGUACAAAUACUUACAUACAAGAUACAAGUGUGAAUGUAAGCACUUGGGAAAUAUCUGGAAGAACCACACAAGGAACUGGGAGAGUCGGACAACUUUCCAUGUCCCGUAUGAUUGGAAUUCUGCAGGGUACACACACGAACUAAUGGACGUGUGCUACCAGCCUCCGGCUGAGGGAAAUUGCAGGCAUCAGAAUCCUCUUUACUAAUCAAGCGCGUUAAUCCGCCUGCGUGAUGACAGUCAUCUCGACACGCGGUGGCGCAUGCGCAGUAGGAGAUCCGCGAGCUGCGUGGGCUUGUGCCUAGGCGCCUGUGGUUCGUGGCCUUGUGCUGGCACCGGGGAUGCUGGGUUGGCGACUUUGGCACUCCUGGCGUUGGGUGGGCGGUAUCUUGGGGGUGACAUGAGCCAGUUCGUCGGCCACGAGGAAGGGCGGGUGGAAAGCACAUCCCGGAAAGGUAAUACGCCUUGGCCCCUGGGCGUUGCCGGUGGAGCGUGGAGCUCAGAGCCCCUGGGCCUGGGCUUCGUCUCUUGUGCUGUCGCCUGUCACAGUGGCCCCUGCGCGCUGGCCCAUCCGCGCUGUGCUAGGGGGUACUGGUCGUCUCGCGGCUCAGUUCACGGUAGCUGAAAGGGACAGUGUGUGAUGUUCUGAUUUCUCCCCAUCGUUUUAAAAGGGAGGCUCUGGCUAUUGCUCCUCGGGUAAAAUGCAGGGGGACUGCUUUUUAAGAUGGGACUGUCAGUGUUGGGGACCCUCCUUAAUUACCAGGAUGGAAUCCCCUUCAGUUCCUCAAGCUGUGUUGUUUAGGCACAGAAAAUGUGAGUAAUAGUCACUGGAACUAAGUUUGAGUGGAAAAACGCACCGGUACCGCCGAAUUUUCCAUCGAAACAGUUGAUCUGUGUUGUCUCUUGGAAUUAUAAAGGGCGUACUGUUGCUUCCUAACCGGUGUCCUUUGAGAGCUCUACCUCUGUACGUUCAAAGGAUUAAUUUUGAGGCUUUGCUCAUAUGUGUAGUAAACGCUUUAAUUCCCUAAGACCUUCCUUUCCUCCAUCUCAUACCCCGUUAAGCCCGCUUCAGUUUAUCUCCUGAAUUUCUUCUGAAUCUGUCAACUCUUCCUCAACAUCCUAAUACUGAACUUGCCUGUCUGUUGCAAUUAGGUCCUAACUAGUGUCCAUGUAUCUUGUUUCCUUUCAAUCCAUUCUUCACACAAGAAACCUUAAAAGCAAGUUGGGACAUUGCUCAUAAACAUGGCUCAAAAACAUUGUUUCGAGAAUAGAAAACAAACUGUUGGCCUUUAACACUCUGCGUGGUCUAGAAUCCUGUCUGCUUCUCUGCUACGUGGACUCCAGCUUGGUGCCUCUCCAACUUUAAUAUGGGUAUGCCUCUCUUAUGGAUCUUGUUAAAUGCAGGCUGUAAUUCAGUAGUUCUGGGUGGGGCCUGGAUUCUGUGCUUCUAACGAGCUCCUAGGUGACGGUGACCCUGAGAGCAAGGGUCCAGCUCCUGCCUUUCUCCCUUCUUUCUGGAAGAGCAGGACGUCUGCCCCCCCGGGAGGAGAAAACAUCCGCAACAUGACUACUAGUAACCAGCUUCCCUCACAGGCAAGGGACCUUUAUCACUGCUCCCUACCAUUUUGUCUGAGGCGCAGCAAGCCAAAACACUGACAUGCUGAGGUUUGCAGCAAAGAGGAGGUUUAUUCACAAGGCAGCCAAGCGAGGAAGUGACGUGACAAUAGGUCUCAAAUCCGCCUCCCCAAAGGCAAGGGGCUUGGGGUAUCUAUGGGAUAAAGAAUAAAGAAGCAGGGCAGUAUGAGGCAUGGGGAGCAUGAGGAAAGGUGAUUGGAAAAAGGUGUGCUCAUCAUUGUUCUGAGCUGGCUUAACUAGGCUAUGGGGCUCAGCACAUUCUCAGGCUGUAGUUUUCGGCCCUCUGAUGGCAGGAGGUCAAAAGGCACUGGCCCAGGUGGAAGAUAGGUGGUCCUCUCCAGUCUUAACCAGCUCAGCCUAACUAGACACAGCUGAUUCCAAGUUCCUGGACAAUACCCGGGGCAAACAUCUUAUUGCUUAUGCUACAUGCUAUUUGGAGGGCGUGCAAGUGUUCAAGCUACCUUGAGGAGUGAAGACAGGAUUUGACUAAUCCUUACACAUGGUUUCACCUCCAGAUGAGCAGAAGAGGCCUGUAGGCUGAAUCUGGCUCCUGGCACCUGGAAUUGGAGGCAGAUGGUUUAAAAACAGGCUCUCCCACCCUCUGUGUUAUCUUAGGUAGAUAGACUAUUGAACCUUCCUGUGCCUGUUUCUCCACCAGCAGCAUGGGGACACUCAGAGUCCCUCUCUUGGGGGCUGUUAUGGGGGUUCAGUGAGAUAAUAGAUGCAUGCACAGGCACACGGGAGACACCCAGUGUGUGUUAGCUUCGUGCUUACUUUUAUUAGGAGACCAGUAUUGUUAGAAGAUUUCUGGUUUGGACAACAAAUUAGGUAGGUGGUCAUUACUAUAGUUUAUGCAACAGCAGUUCACAUUACCAUUUGCAAAAAAGCAGUUGGUUGUCCAAUGGGGAUUAUAAACAUCCAUUUACCAUGAGCUACUGAACAGAUACUUUACACAGUAACUACUUCACGUACUAUUUAAGAUCAGUUCUCUAUGUUGUCUUAAGCAGUUGUUAACCCCCAAUUUCGUGAAUAGUACCAAGUAAGUCACUUGAACAUCAGCUAGAGCAAUCUGUUUCACUUAGCAAGCCUAAAGCUAUAGUUCAACAAUUUUAUUUACUGUUCUGUGACAAAAAUUACUCUCAACAGCUAUGCCCUGGAUAAGUAAUCAGCUAAAGCUAGUUUGACUGACCAAAUCUGAUUUACUGAGUUAAUAAGCCAGUUGAUUUAGAAAGGUCUAAUGCAUAUUUCUCAUGCAUUCGGCAUUAAACUGUUUCCCGUGCCUAAAAUGUCUUUUUUCCCAUUCGUACAUAGCCAAAUUCCUACUUCUGUGCCGUAGGGCUUGGCUGAACUACACCUGCCUUUAGUGAAACUUUUCUCACCUGCACAAUUGGAGAUAAUUUUAGUCUCCUCAAGACUCCCACGGGGUUACCUCUGUUGUGACACUUGACGAUUUGGUGGCAUAUUUUAUUUUAUUUUAUUUUAUUUUAAAUAGCCUUCCGUUACUCCGUGCACAUCAAACAGUAAAUGCUUUCUCCUAGUAAAGGUGCAUAACAAUUUUCUGAACUCUUCUGCUCUGGGCAAGAUUCAUAAAUAUACCAGGCAAACAUAGUGAAAGAGGAGACAGUACUUGUGUUAUAUUCAGUUGGGUCUUGAUACCUAAGUGUGACUCUUAACCAAGGAUUAUGCAGUAAUUAAGGACACAGGUUAAAGUUGUUUAGAGUGUGUCCUAAAGUCUCACUGGCAGAAUUUAAAUCUCUACUCUGGAAAUUGUAGACCUGAGACAAAUUACUUCCCUAAACUUCAUUUCCUACAUCUGAGAAAGAUAAUAGUAUCUACCUUGUAGUAGACUGAAUAAUACCGUUGCCCCCAAAUGUCCACCUUCUAAUCCCCAGAACCUGUGAAUGUCACCUUAAAUGGCAGAAGGGACUUUGCCAAUGGGAUGAAAGUAAGGGUUUUGAGAUGGGGAGAUUCUUCUGGACUACCUGGAUGGACCCAGAUGUAACCACUGGUGUUCUCGUAAGAGAGAGGCAGAGGGAGUUUUUACUCCAAAGAGAAUGUGAUGAUGAAGUUGGGGUUGGAUUGAUGUGGCCAGAAGUCAAGGAAUGCUGUCAAGGAAACAGAUUCUCCCUUAGAGCCUCUAGAAGGUGGAUGGACGGCCUUGUCAACUCCUGGUUCCAGCCCAGGGAAACUGGUUUUGGACCUCUGUCUUCCAGAACCAUAAGAGAAUGAGUGUGUUUUGUUUUAUGCAAGCUCAUUGGUAGUAAUUUGUUACAGCAGCCAUAGGGAACUAAUGCGUACCUCAUAGGAACUAUUUCUCCAAUUAAAAUGUGUGACUGGAAACACACUUGGUGGCAUGUCUGACACACGGUAGGUAUGCUACUGUGGGUAGUUCUUGGAAACUAAAGCCUUGGUUUUUGAGGAAUCAUCAAAACCAGUACAAUGGUUGCCAUGUUUCUCCUUGUUCAUCCUGGUGACAAACCUGUAGAGAGAGCUCCAUCCUUUCCCACAGGACACCCACCCCUAGUACUUACAGGGAAGAGGUUAUGUCUCACUUCAGGCACCUUCCUCUUUUCCUUUCUACUUUUUUUUUUCAUUAAUCUUCAUCCAACUGGCCUUUCUAAGUUAAAAAAAAAAAAAAACAAGACAAAACCAUUUCUCAAUGGAUUCAGAUACUACCCCAAGUUAAUAUUCCAACCAUGUUCUUGUUCUUCUGGGUCUCAUCACCAGAAAUUUCUGAGCUGAAAUCCUCUCUAGUUUCUAGGAUCAGUCACUUUCUAAUUUCUCCCUUCUCAAGUUCAGAGUCUUGUCAGUUUAGUCCCUUCCCUAACCACAACAUCUAUUACGGUGACACAGCAAAGUGAUGAAAGUCUCGACGGUCUGGUUUUCAUCCUGGGUUUCUGCCCGCUACUUACUGUGUGGCAUUAGACAAGCUAUUCAACCCCUCUGGGCCUCAGUUUCCCCCAAAAAAGGUGAAUAUUAUGAACAUUACCUACCUAUAGGGUUGCCAUUAUGAGGAUUAAGUGAGUUAAUAUUUGCUAAGCACUUAGAAUAUUACUUGUUAUAGUCUAAGCACUACAGUUGUGCUUGUUAAUAAUAAUAAAUGCAAUUCCAAGUGUAUAACUUACUCAACUUUCUGUCAUAACUUUGAAGUGUUGGUCUAUCUGUUGGCCAGCGUUGCAGGUAAAUGAGUCGAGGCAUGGGCUGAGGCAUUGCUACCAGUGAGUGGUGUGUUCCCAGAACUAGGAACAGCCGUGUGAAAUAGGUAGUGGUUCUACUUGGAGACGGGGCAGACUGGAAAAUGACAGCCCUGGGAAGGAGGUGUGGUGUCCAUAGGUUUGGUGUCAGAGCUGCUGCCUGCUGAAGCACCGAUGCCGGCCUAAGCGUAAAUGGGGGGGGGGGCUGGGGAAAACAGGGGCAGAAUGGAAAGGGAAAACAGGGGAAGAACGGAGAAAGAUAGCCUAGGGAGGAGGUGUGGUGUCCAUAGCUUCGGGGUCAGAGGUGCUGCCUGCUGCAGCACCGAUGACACCCGAAGCCGUAAAUGGGGUGCUGGGGAAAAGGGGGGCAGAAUGGAAAGGGAAAACAGGGGCAGAACGGAAAACGAAAGCCUGGGAAGGUGGUGUGGUGUCCAUAGCUUCGGGGUCAGAGGUACUGCCUGCUGCAGCACCGAUGACACCCGAAGCCGUAAAUGGGGUGCUGGGGAAAAGAGGGGCAGAAUGGAAAGGGAUAACAGGGACAGAACGGAAAACCAUAGCCUGGGAAGGAGGUGUGGUGUCCAUAGCUUCGGGGUCAGAGGUGCUGUCUGCUGCAGCACCGAUGACACCCGAAGCCGUAAAUGGGGUGCUGGGGAAAAGAGGGGCAGAAUGGAAAGGGAAAACAGGGGCAGAACGGAAAACGAUAGCCUGGGAAGGAGGUGUGGUGUCCAUAGCUUUGGGGUGAGAUGGGCUGCCUGCGUGAUCUGAGAAGAGCGAGUGAAAGUGGGAGAGCUUCUCCCUAGCUGCUAACUCUUCUCAAGGUCUAGCACGCACUGAACACUGGCGGGCUCAGCCUGGCUGUUGACAUUGCAUUGUACGUGUCACAGAGCAAGGGUGGGCGGGUCAGGGGGUGGGCUGGGGGCCCCACACAAGCCCAGCCCCUGGAGAAACCCGGCCCGAGGGCAAAGAGCCCAACCCCUUCUGGACUUUCUAGCGGCUGGGACUUGUCGCUGUGGGUGGCAGGUGUUUGGCACCAGAUGGGCCACCAUGCGGAGACUGUUGGGGACUGUGGAAGCCGCCUCCUCCAGAGCUCACCCUGCCUGGGCACCGGCUCUGCAGACCCCUCAGCCCUGGGUAUGUAUCGGCCAGCCCUUCCCCGCAACGGGGCCCAGAGGCCAGAGCCUGCCCAGAGCUGAGUGGAGGAGGCACCCAGAGCUUGCCAGGCUGUGGCCCGCCUCCUCCGUGGACCUCCCCAGCUUGUCCGUGAGCCCUGGAGACAGGAGCGCCUUCUCCAGGGCUGCUGAGCUGCCAGCAUCACCAUGAGCCAGGCGGUGAAGGUUUCUGAGCAGGGGAUGCAGAGCCCUGAUGCGACUGGAUGCUGCACCCCACGAUGUCCCUUCCUGGCAGGUAGGUUCUUUCUUCACUUGUUUUUCGAAAUUUGGUAAAAGAACAUUUAAACCUUCGACUGUUCUUCAGGGUAUACAGAUGGUAGUGGCUUAGCCGGGAUUCGAAGCAAGCCUGUGUGAUUCCAGAGCUCGUGCUCUGGACUCUGGUGCCUCCUUGUCAUAUAUGCUUCAUGUGUUACUUUUUCUUUUUUUUCUUGAAGUUCUUAUGAUACUUAGCCCUAAGUGCCAUACCUGUAAUGAACACAUACACUGCCCUGUAGGAGGUGUUCUUUUGUUCAACGCGUGAAUUGGUCAUCCACCACACUGGGUUCUAAUCUCAGAAGAUAGGUCAGGGACCACCAGUUGUCAGCAUAGCACCAUCCCACAUUUCUAAUUGAGGCUUGCAGCCUAGAUUUUUCCCUUUGGUCUAGUUUGAAGGAUCCAGGUAUGUAAAGCUUAUAUUCUAGAUAAAUCAGGGGCUAUCCUGAAAGGAAUUCAUCAAUGAAUUAUUCUGUAUGGAUUAGAAGCCGGUUUCUCUGGCCUUCCUGGAGUAUAUCCAGUAAGGCAUCUCAUUCAUGUCUAGAAAGCAAAUAUAUCAUUUAUUGCAACUUCAGCAUGGAGCGAUGUAUUGGUUUAAAAUAAAGUACGAUCAACACAAUUUGGUCAUUGUGAGUAUGCCGGCUGGGUCCACUCUUUACUACACAUAUGUAACUCUAGAGCUUCUUACGCCCCAUAGAGGAGACAUACUCUUGUGUGUCUAGGACAAGGGAAACAUGUGUUGUUAUUCAGGAGCUGGAAGCUACAGCAUGACAGGAAAGAACUGAAAAAUCCUGGUCUUGGUCUACACAUCACUUUACCUUGUUCGAAUCUUGUUUCUUUGGCUUGCUUCAUUGGAGUGUUUUCUCUCUCCUGGGACUGACAUUGUGUGUUAUAUAUCAGGCAUGUAACAUGUAGAAGUUUCAGAACCCAGAAUCAUAUAGAUCAGUAAAAAUUGAUAUAUUUUUGUUUAUUUAAAAUCACACUGGGCAUAAUUCAUAUAUUCCAAAAGUAGUUUGACCCUCUGCUCAUGAGAUUCUUUUUAUGGUAUGUCAAAGCAAAUUUGGACUUCCAUCCCCAGUAAACUUUGAGGUUGGAGGACACAAAAGCUUUUGCUCAGACCUAAAUUCUGUCUGAAAAAAAAGGGUAACUAUUAUAAGCCCUUUCUAACCUCUCCAGGAGCAGAAAUGAUUUACAGCUAUGGCAUUGAACCCUAAUUUCUUGAUCUCAUUUGAGAAGAGUUCAGUAAGAAACAGUGUCCUGAUUUUUGUUUGUUGGUUCCCUGUUUUCUUGUCUUGCUUACCAACAAUCCACUGUAAUACAUGAGUGAGUAUGGCAGCAGGCUGAGUGUUCCCUGGAGCUCAUUAAGUGAACGUUUUUUCCUAAAAUGACUUUUGUCUCCUUGUUUUCAGCCCCUCUUCUUUCCUCUGUCCUUUACUAUAACCAGGGCUCAGCAAAAGCUGACUGGCUUUGUGCAGACCCUACUUAGGGUAGUCUUUUCUUCAUUAUUUUAUUCAUGGCCCCUCCAUUUCAUUGUUUGCCUUCUCGAAAUGUGUUGAAAUCUUUCUGUGGUUGAUGACUUCCACAAUGUCUUGGCUUUUAUUGGUUGAUUAAUUUUGGUAUUUCUACAGUUUUAUUUAAACAUGGUUUCAGGAGGACCAGAAAGUAAAUAUAUUUCCUAGUCUGCCAUCUUGAGCUGAAAAUCCCUGUGGAUUUUAGCAUCCAAUGUUCCCAUGGGUAAAAAAACCCAACCUUGGCAUUAAUAGAUGUACACUCAAGAUUUCAGCUUUUCUUGAGCAAUCACUAAGGAUUUAAUAUGCGGUCACUUCUAAUGGGAAAAUAAUAACUAUCUCAUGGCGUUGAUUUGAGGAUUAACUUAGAUAAUGGACAAGAAAAUGCUUUGUAAGGUUUUAAAAUCUAUAAAAAACGUUUUUUGUUAUUAUUUGAUUUGUUGCUAUUUCAACUUUAGCUGACAGUUGUUUGUGACCUUGCUUAUGUGAGAAAAUGCCUUCUGGUUUAUUGUUUUGAAAGCCAGAUUAUAUUUUUCAAUAGCUCAAUGGAAAUGGCAUCAUUUGUGAAGUUGAAGGGUGAAGGCAUAAAUGUUUCUUGACAUUUGAAUCAACUAUUGGUCUUCUGGGGCUUGUCCUUAUUCUCCUGCAGUCUCUAAUCAACAUGGCAUCCAGAGAGAUCCUGUUAAAACAUAAGUCAGAUCAUGUCACUCAAGUCUCUUCAAUGGCUUCUUCACAGGAAAAGCAAAGUCCUCAAAGUGCCUCCACAGCCCUAGAAAUCUGGGCCUCUGUUUCCUCUCUGACUGUUUCCUUCUCCUCUCCACUUUGCUCCCUCUGUUUUCCACACACUGACAUCCUUUCUGCUCCUUGGAUACUCCAAGCCCACUCUUGCCUCAUUGCCUUUCCAUCUGACUGUUCCCUCUGCUUGUACUAUUCACUUCCCAGAUACGCACCUUGCUCCCUCUCACAACCUUAGGUUCCCUCUUAAAUUUUAUCUUCCCCAGAAAGCCCUCAGUGAUCACUUAGUUUCAGAUCGCAGCCUCCUCCUACCAGCUAACAAUCUCCAUCCCCCUUCCCUGCUUGCUGUUUUUCUCCAGCACUUACCUGAUAUACUAGUUAUUCUACCCAUUUAUUCAAUUUUUAUUUACAUAUUUACACUUAUGAUUUUAUAUUUGCUUCUUUACUUUUGUCUCUCCCCUCAGCUCGAGAGAGGCUGUAUUCAUCUGUGUUAAUCACUGCUGUGUUUCCUGAACAUGCCUAGAAAACAUACUGAAGAAGGGUGCCUGAAAUUUGGUAAGGGAUCCAUCAAUUUUCUUGGCUGAAUGAAGAAAUGUGUUCAUAAAUUAAUGAACAAAUCUCUGGGGUUUCUGAAUUAAGGACUAAUGGGAAGAGGAAGGCAAAUGGUUGGGACAGGGUACUGCAAGAAGUAGUAUUUGGAGUACUCUGAUAGCUAUCCUAAUAGAUAACAUUUUGUUCAUUUAAAUAGUUUUAACGAGAGAGCUGGGAACUAGGGACACACAGCAUCGAGGUUUUAUAAUGCAUUCUGUAGAGUUCUUUUCAAGUGUGUUCAAAUACCAUUGAAAAUAUAUGCAUGCAUAUAAACCUCUGUUACUUUAUUUAGUGCUUUACAAGAGCCCCUCAAGGAAGGGGUAGUAGCAACUAUCAGUAUCCUUCCUUUAUGAUGAGCUUAAUUUAUUCAAAAUUACAUCAUAAUUUAUUUGUAACUGUGAAACUAGACUUAGUUAUUUAGUAGACCCUCCCUAGAAACCUAUGACAUUAAUAAAACCAACAAAAAUGUGUUCAGUUUCCAGUGAUACACACACUACAGACUCAAUUAUGUGUCAUCCAUUUUAAUGAAGGGAAGAAGUGAUUUAACAAACACAGAGCAAACAGAAUAUGAAGUUUUGUCCUCCAUUAAUAUUAGUAAUGGAUAAAGUGGGCUCCAACGCCUUCAAGGUAGCUUGAGACCAUCAUCUCUGUGUCAUGGGCAGGGGCAUGCUCGGCCAGGAUGUCUUUCUCUGUCACUGAGAAAAAUUUCCAUGAUAUAUAAUGAUACUUACUGAAACAGAUAUGGGGCAUUUGGGUAAUUAGGAAUCCGUUAGCAUAUUUUUCCGGAAGCCUUGACUACAAAACGAAGAUAGUAGAUUUGGACACUUUCGGCUAUGCAGAAGUUGUUUGGGUAUUCAUCUUUAUGCCGAAUGAAGUAAGCUUAUUUCAUCUCUGCAGCUUCCCAUAUACCAUUUUCCCACCUCUGUUUUGUGUCUGGAAAGACUUUUAGAAAUUAAAACUCAAGUUAAAAAGUGAGUGACGGGCUUCCCUGGUGGCUCAGUGGUUGAGAGUCCGCCUGCCGAUGCAGGGGACACGGGUUCGUGCCCCGGUCCAGGAAGAUCCCACAUGCCGCGGAGCGGUUAGGCCCGUGAGCCAUGGCCGCUGAGCCUGCGCAUCUGGAGCCUGUGCUCCGCAACGGGAGAGGCCACAGCAGUGAGAGGCCCGUGUACCGCAAAAAAAAGAAAAGAAAAGAAAGUGAGUGACAACUUAAAUGAUAUAUGGAAUAUUUUGCUGACUUACAAGAGCAUGCAGAAUUAAAUAUGACCCAGUUGAAAUGUUAAUUUUAUUUUAAUGUGUAUAUUGGGGUGGAGUCUUAAAGGUGCCAGAAAACAAGCAUUCACCCAUCCUGUUUGGAACUGCAGCACACAGGCACCUUCAGUUACCAGUUCUGUUCAUUCCACAGAAUCCUCUUGGGAAAACAUAACUGUUUUUUAUGUACCUGGUAUAUAUCUUAAUUAGUUUGAAGAAUUUCCCAAAUACCUGUUAAUAUGUAGUUCUCCAAUUCCAAUCUUGCCACGUCCUGUACCAGUGACACAGCACAUAGGAGUUUUAUUUCUCUUUCUUUCUCUGGGUUGUUGAGGACCCAACGAAAGAACAAUGGAAUGGCAUCAAAGAGAUCAGGGUUCUUGACUCAGAUUUGCCAUAAAAUAAUAGUGUCCUCUUGGGAAAAUUAUAGUUAUUCUAAGCCCCUUUCCUUUUCUUUACUUUGACAGAGCUGCACUAGAUGACCCCAAGUAACACUGCACUCUUUGCAGUAGUAGCUUAGACGUUACUGGUUUUCUGAAACAAAUGAAGACAGUGACACAGGAAACUGUGCAACAUCUCUGUAACUAUGUUUUCUUAGAGUUGCCUCCAUUUUACAGAUGAUAAGAUGGCUGAGCACAGAAGUAGGUGUUUUGACCAGAGGUUCCAGAGUAGAUGGAACUGAACCACAAGUUUCCUUCAUUCCUGAAGCUCACUUAGCCAAAACAUAGGCUUCUGAAUAUUAAGCUGUAAAGCAUAUUAUCAGUAUGCUUUAAAAGAAGCGGUUCUUCUAGGAUUUCUAAUUAAUAGCAGGCGGUUUUGAAAUUCUUAGAAGAUCAUCUAAUUUUGUGAGAUUUGCAGCUCUAUUUUCCUGUCAAGCAAGUUGUAUUAGUGCCAGACAAUCACCUGAGCUUCUGGAUGCUUCUCUGAACCUCUUGAAUUUUUCUUCUUGCUAUCUGAAAUUCAUGCCAGAUAAGCCUUUUUGUAGAGAGCAUGUACAGACUUGUCUAUUUUCAUAUAAGAAAGCGAUGCAGUGAGCCAGGUCGGGGGUUAAGCCCUCAUUCUCAGAGUGGUGUUGAGCUCCUGGUGAAAUAUUAUCAUCAUUUCCUCAGAAUAGAAAAGCAGUUACCUCAAGUUUUUAAUGCCAUUAACUAUUUAUACAUUUAUGUAUAAUACAUAUAUUUAUUGUACCUACGAGGUGUGCUCUCUUUGGGAAGUACAAAGCUAUUUGAGACGUAAGUUGUUCAUUUUUUUGUUUUCCCACAAAUACUGUGACCCUUUAAGCAGGAAGGUCUAUGUUUUACUAACAUCUAGAACAAGCAGCUAACACGGUGUCUAAGAUGUAGUCAAUAAAUAUGAAAUAGGUAAAUGAACACAUUUUUAAGGAAGGGCCAGGACAUGAACAAAUAGAAAAUUUUAAUUUUCAGUCACAAAGCCACAACAGACAUAAAAAUGAUACAGACAACAAGUGCUACGGUCAUUCAAAGAAGGCAUAGAAUUGAUACAACAAGGAUCUCCUCUAUGGCACAGGGAACUGUACUCAAUAUUUUGUAAUAACUUAUAAGGGAAAAGAAUCUGAAAACGGAAUCACUGUGCUGUACACCUGAAACGGACACGACAUUGUAAAUCAACUAUAUUUCAAUUAAAAACCAAACAGACAGACAACAGCAACAACAAAAAACCAGAGAGGUCAUAGAAGUUCUUAUGAGAUUCCAGAAGAGAAGAGAAGCCAAAUGAGGAUGGGAGAGGAGGCUUUUGAAUCAGUUCAGAGGAGAAGUCACAGAGGAACUAGUCUUUGAUCUGAACUUGAGAUUAAGAUUAAGAUGAAUUAAUCUGAAUUAAUUAAGAUUGCAAUACAGGGAUAUUACAGAUGAAGGUAAUCACAUAAACUUAUUAUACUGAAACUUGCAGAGGUUAUGAGUGUUGUUCAAGAUCCCAAAACAAGUGCAUUGUGGAAUCAGAAUUUUAAGUGAGGCCUAAUGAACUAAAAACAAAGAAACACAGAAACAAGCCCUUCCUGUGACACCACGUUGCCUUUGAAGUCGGUUUUUUUUUUUGGUGGGUUGGCAGAACCUGGUUCCAGUGUUUCUUGCAGGAAUGACUGGCCAUAGGACUGGGCGUCGUAGCUUCCUGCCAAGCGGCCGAAGGUCGCAGGCAGGUGGGUCACUGGGACACACGCGGAGGGGCUCCUGCCCGGCUCCCUGGCCGCUCAGUGCCCCUGCCCCAGAGCGGGGGUGGGGGCCCCAAAGCAGCCUUGUCUGAGUCCCCUGCCACUAGAGAGAGUAUUGGCCCAACACUUGUAGAAAAUGGGGACCUCGCUGGCAGUUCAGUGGAGGGACACAAAUAAAUCUUUGCCGACUUUCUGCUGAAGCUCACGAGGGUUCACUCCUAAGCCUCUUACAAGGUCAGCUGCUGAGGCUGCGAGAGAUGAGUCAGGGCUCGCCCUCCACCACGGGGAGAUCGCUGGUUAAAGCGCUCACGAGGGAGUGAACGGCGUGUCCGCACCGCCACGCAUGGGCAGACCUCGUCGAUGCCUUCUGUUCGGGGUAUGAAGCCCUCUCCUGCCUCUUCCAGGCUCUCUAGAAAGCAUGUGCAGAGCCUCCCACCCCACCCUUGGACUCCACGGGCCACAGCUGGAGGGACCAGCCAAGGAACCGUGGCAGGAAGAGGCCAGAGGUCAGCGGGCCUCGGCCGGAGCCCGUCAGUCGGUCCCCAUUCACACAGCGCCAGACGAUCCUCUUGACCUGGGCAGUAGCCGCCAACCGACCUCUGAGCCACGCAAUGCGGUGAAGCCCUGACACUCGCUGCCACGUCGAUACACCCUGAGAACACGAUGCUCAGCGAGAGAAGUCAUACACAGAAGGACACACAGGGCGUGACCCCACUGAGGAGAAACGUCCAGAGCAGGCAACUCUUGAGUACAUGUAUUUAACAUGCAGGGAACCAGCCCUGACUCCUUGAUCUGGGUCUUCCAGCCUCUAGAGCCUCGAGGACAUCCAUUUCCAUUAUUUACGCGCCUGAGGUUUGAUGAUGGAAGCUGACACCGAGGGCGUCACCACGUGCGGGGUGAUGUCAGUGAAAGAAUCCCAUGGCGAGGGCCUGCCUGAGGACCACGCACGCCCGGGCCCUCCCCGCCCCCUGCCUGCAGCCCUGUGCCUGGGAGUGGAGCUGGUGCAUCGCGUGCCCGACGUCGUGGAAGUUGGUCUCCCGCUCAUCAUGCUGCAGCAGAGAGGGCAGGUUGGGCGUAGGCUUGGUGAAGUUGGCCACCAUGGCCGUGAUGGCGAUCUGGCAGCUCCCAUCGUGCUGUAGGCAGCCCGGCUGCAGGCCGAAGCAGACCUCGUGCCCGGACUUCCCCACCCUGCGGAGGGACGUGGAUGGGGCCCCGCUUCCACAGAGGAGCCCCGGCCCACGGCCGACAGAUUCCGCCACGCAUGCACCGAGGAUAGAGGUCAGGUCGAAGGUCAGCCCCAGCAGCUCCUGGGAGAUGCCCAGCAACCCGCGUGUGAGCGCCUGCAUGGGGAAAGACUCAUUGAGCAGGUCCUUUUGGAACCAGAAACGGCAUGAACGUGAUGGGCUCUAAGGCCAAGGGCAGGAAGAAAUGCGGCCAGUCUUUCCAGGAGCCACCAAGGGGCCUCCCCGGGCUCAACAAGACAAACACGGCUGCCGUGCAGACAGUAGCUCAACCCCACGGCGCCCGAACACCCAGCCCCUGGACGGUGAGACACCUGUUGCUGCAGGUGGCCCGUGGCUCACUGAUGAGGCCCGGCCCCAGGCAUACGCCACCUUCUCUGGGGCCACCUCUCCGGUCUGCAGUGGGGUUCUCCUGGGAGCCCCCAGUCACCACAGGACCAGCGUGGCCUGUCUGUAGCCCAAGAAGGUGGGGACACAAGACUGUCCCCCGUGCCCCCCGCAUCACCCGCGAGGCCGAGCGAGCACCAGUGGUGUCUGCGGGGAAGAUGAAGGGCUCACGCACAGCCCCCAUCUACAGAAGCAGAGACUGCAGCCACAUGCGCUAUGGAACAAACACAAGUGUCCAUGCAGGACCCGAUGUCUGAAUGUCAAGGCCAUGCCCGGGCCACAGUGAGAAGGUGCAUCCCCCAUGCAAGCCACAGAGAGGGGAUGGGGGGGCCAUCUGCGAUUCUGAGCUCAUCGGGUAUCACCCCAGAGGGAGAGGGAGAGGGAGAGAGGUAGACAGAAGUACAGAGGGAGAGAAAGAGAGAGGGAGGGAGAGACGGCUCUCCCUUCCCUGGGGGUUCUCUAGUGCAGCCAAGGCUGAAAACCACUACAUUUUGGGAGAUGGGUCCUCGUGGAAGAGUUAAAUAGUAGCUCAUGGCAUUAUCGACACAUACUAAAAAGGCCCCAAAUCUUGGGGAGUCAGGGAGGGGAGUGUCGGCUGCCUCGUAAACGAGGAGAGAUUGGGCAUCAGGGGAGGUGCCUGUGCAGCCUGCGCCCAGGGCCCCGCAGACUUCAUCUCCCAGCGGUGGUCCUGGGCUGGGACUUCUCUCCCAGCAGGGAGGUCAGGCUGUCCAAGCAUCAACGUUGACUUCAGGGCUGAUCUAAAAGGCGCCUGGUGUUUGUUGAAGCAGAAAAAAGAGAAAGCAGUAGGGAGAGGAUGGGAGUGGGAGGGGGAGGGAGCCCCCCUCCUCAGCACUUCUACCGCUCUCCCUCUCUCUCUCCCUUUCUCCCUCUCUCCCUCUACCUCGCUGCCUCUCACUCUCCCUCUCCCUCCAUCUCUCCCCCUGCCUCUCUCCCUCCCUCUCUUCCUGUCCCUCCUUCCCUGUCCCUCUCUCUCUCUCUCUCCCUCUUUCCCUCCCCCUCUCCCUCUCCCCCUUUCCCUCUCCCUCUCCCCCUCUCCCUCUCUCCCUUCCUCUCUCCCUGUCCCUGUUUCCCUGUUCCGCACGCUCUGGCUCUACCUCUUUCCCUCUCCCUCUCCCUCCACCUCCUUCGCUCUCUGGAGAGGGAAAGAGGUGGAGGGAGAGGGAGAGAGAGAUGGAGAGGGAGAGGGAGGGGGGAGAGGGAGAGAGUGAUAGAGGGAGGGAGCGAAAGAUGUCUCUACCUCCCUCCCUCUCUCCCUCUCCCUCCCUCCUUCUCCUCCCUCUCCCUCUCGCUCCAACUCUCCUUCUCCCUCCGUCUCCUCAUCUCCCUCACUCCCUCCCAGAGAGGCAGAGAUAAGGCAGAGGGAGAGAGGGAGAGGGAGAGAUGGAGGGAGAGGGAGAGGGAGGGAGAGGGAGAGGGAGGGAGAGGGAGAGGGAGAGGGAGAGGGAGGGAGAGAGGGAGAGAGGGAGAGGGAGAGAGGGAGAGAGAAAGAGGUCUCUUCCUCUCUCCCUCUCUCCCUCUCUCCUCCUUCUCUCCCUCUCUCCCUCUCCCUCUCUCUCUCUCCCUGUCCCUGUUUCCCUGUUCCGGUCUCCCUCUCCCUCUCUCCCUCUCCCUUGUCUCUGCCUCUGCCUCCAUCUCUCCCUCUCUGAGAGGGAGUGAGGGCGAGGGAGAGAUGGAGGGAGAGGGAGUGACAGAGGGAGGAAGAGGGAGAGAGGAAGGGAAAGGGCGAGGGAAGGAGAGGGGGAGACGGAGGGUGAGAGAGGGAGAGUCAGAGGAGAGAGGGAGAGGGAGGGAAGAAGAGACCAUUUUCCCUCUCCUGCUCUCCCUCUCUCUCCCUCUCUAUCUCUCUCUCCCUCUGUCCCUCUCUUUCUUCCUCUCUCCCUCUCCCUCCAUCUCUCCCUCUCCCUCUCUCCCUCUCCCUUAUCUCUGCCUCUCCCUCCAUCUCUCCCUAUGUGGGAAGGAGUGAGGGAGAUGGAGACAUGGAGGGAGAGGGAGAGUUGGUGGGAGAGGGAGGAGAAGGAGAGAGGGAGGGAGAGAGGGAGAGACGUCUUCGCUCCCUCCCUCUAUCCCUCUCUCCCUUUCCCCCCCUCUCUCCCUCUCCCCCCUCCCUCUCCUGCUCUCCCUCUCCCUCUUUCCCUCUCUCCCUCCACCUCCUUCCGUCUCUGGAGAGGGAAGGAGGUGGAGGGAGAGGGAGAGGGAAAGAGGGAGAGGGAGAGCGGAACAGGGAAACAGGGACAGGGAGAGAGGGAGGGAGAGGGAGAGAAGGAGGACAGAGGGAGGGAGAGGGAGAGGGAGGGAGGAAGAGACCUCUUUCCCUCUCCCUCUCCCCCUCCCCUCUCCUCUCCAUAUCUCUCUCCCUCUCUUCCUCUCCCUCCCUCUCCCUCCAUCUCUCCCUCUCCCUCUCUCUCUCCCUUGUCUCUGCCUCUCCAUCUCUCCCUCUCUGGGAGGGAGUGAGGGAGAUGGAGAGAUGGAGGGAGCGGGAGAGUUGGAGGGAGACGGAGAGGGAGGAGAAGGAGGGAGGGAGAGGGAGAGAGGGAUAGAGUGAGGGAGGGAGAGAGGGAUAAAGGGAGUGAGGGAUGGAGGGAGAGAGAGACGUCUUUCGCUCCCUCCCUCUAUUCCUCUCUCCCUCUCUCCCCUCUCUCUCCCUCUCCCCCCUCCUCCUGCUCUCUCUCCCUGUCCCUCCACCUCCUUCCCUCUCCAGAGAGGGAAGGAGGUGGAGGGACAGGGAGAGGGAAAGAGGUAGAGGGAGGGCGUGCAGAACAGGGGAACAGGGACAGGGAGAGAGGAAGGGAGAGAGGGACAGGGAAGAGGGACGGGGGAGGCGGGAAGAGGGAGGGGGAGGCGGGAGAGAGAUGGGGGAGAGGGAGGAGGUAGAGGGAGGGGGGAGAGGGAGAGGGAUGUGGGAGAGCGAGGGGGAGACGGAGGUGGAGAGGGAGUUGGGAGAGGGACGGGGAGAGGGAUGGGGAGGGGGAGAGGAAGGGGGGAGGGAGAGGGAAGAGAGAGAGAGAGAGGGACAGAGGGAGAGGGAGAGAGGGAGGGGGAGAGGGACGACAGGAAGCAGGGAGAAAAGAGAGAACACACCAUCUACAUUUCUGUCAAAUGACACCGGGGAUCCUUACACAACCAGGAGAAAAUAACACAGCGAGGCUCUUUCUCAGCUGGAACUGGAACUGCAGAUGGGGCCAAACACCACCAGGGUGGCCACACAUGUCCAGCUGCCGCCCCAGCCCCCUGAGUCUGGUCACCAGGGCUCUGAGUGUUUGCUCCUGGGACCUGGGGUUCACCCUGUCACCCUGGAGGUCGGGCCUAGACAGCAGGACCCCGGGCUGGACACAUAGAGGGAAAAGCAUCCCCACAGGAAAGCUUGUGCGAGCCGAUUCAGCUGCGAGAUUCUAGAGGCCUGGGAUCACCCUGUGGCCCAUGAAACCCAGGAGCCAGGAGGGUCUUGCAUCGGGAUUCCUGUCCGUUGGACUGUAACGUUUAUGUAAGGAAUCUUGGAAACAGUGGUAACAAGACUGAAUUCGAACGAGCUUUAGGAUAUUAUGGACCACUCCGAAGUGUGUGGGUUGCUAAAAACCCUCCCGGCUUCGCCCUUGUUGAAAAUGAAGAUCCCCGAGAUGCAGCGGAUGCUGUCUGAGAACUAGACGGGAGAACGCUCUGUGGCUGCCGAGUAAGAGUGGACCUGUCGAAUGGGGAAAGGAGAAGUCGAAAUCGUGGCCGCCUCCUUCUUGGGGUCGUCGCCCUCGAGAUGAUUAUCAGAGGAGGAGUCCUCCCCCUCACCACAGAUCUCCAAGACGGAGAAGCUUCUCCCGCAGCCGGAGCAGGUCCCUUUAGUAGAUAUAGGAGAAGAGAGAGAUCACCGUCCCAGGAGAGAAAUCGCAAGCUGUCCCGAUCUUUCUCUAGGUCUCCUAGCCGAUCCAGGUCAAAUGAAAGGAAAUAGCAGACCACUUUGCAAGAGGAGUGGUGCACAGGAAAUAACUUCAUUUGACAGGAGUAUGUACAGAAAAUGCAAGUUUCGUUUGAGACUUCCGAAGCUUGAUGCACUUUUUAAAUGUUUUAGCUGUUCACAUUUGUUUGUCUCUUGGGACAGUGACACAUAAAGGUGUCAUUCUCUAUGGUUUGAAAUGGGUCAUAUGAGGCAUGUAAUAUGAAGAAUUGUUUCUUUACAAUGUUCUCUUAAGCAAAAUUGAAUUUGCUUUGAAUUAUUGGUCUUGCCUAGACUGAUAAUAAAACUCUAACUCCUGCCCA